AUGUCGUCCCAGCGAAUGUUUAUCGAGCGCCUGCGUCGCGAGCGCUUUGGAAUCGGCCAGUCCGGUCCCAAUCCUCUCGCUCCCAUGCUCCAGGAGACGAUCAGGCUCCUCUCGGCCGAGCUCUACCAGAAGGACAUCCAUUUCCUGUCCGAACUCCUCCAGAACGCUGAGGACAACACUUACCAUUCGUCCGUGGAGCCGAGCAUCGAAAUCUAUCUCACAAAGACCGACGUCACUGGCACUGGAGCAGCUGCCACGCUGCUGCUCUUGAACAACGAAGUUGGUUUCUCGGAAAAGAAUAUAGAGUCCUUGUGCGGCUCUGGUCAGUCCACAAAGAAAGGAAAGAAGUCUCAAGGAUACAUUGGCGAGAAAGGAAUUGGGUUUAAGAGCGUUUUUCUCGUCACCAAGCAGCCAUAUAUAAUCAGCAAUGGCUUUCGUAUUCGUUUCGACGAAGAGCCCCACAACGAGGCCAAGCUCGGGUAUAUUGUCCCGGAAUGGGUCGACCGUCCUACAGACGCUGUGCUGCAGAAGGUCUGUAGCAAGGCCGAGCUUCCUGCAACGGUGAUCAUCCUUCCCUUGCGUCAGGAAAAGAUUUCGGAGGUGGCAAAGCAGCUUACUCAAAUCCCAGCGGAGACGCUCCUCUUCCUAUCGAAGAUACGCAUGCUCUCCAUCUACGAUCAGCAGUCGCGGCCUCCCACGGAACUGGUUCUCUCCAGAUCUGUGGAGAUGACAACGUCAAAGAAUGAAAGCGUGGAAACGAGCACAACUUUUCUCACAGCUAGUAACGGACGGAAUGGCACUCAGCACAGCAACUACUACAUGUUUAAGCAGACUUUGAAAGUACCUGAGGAGGCCAAGGUUGAAAACCGAAAAGAUGUCGAUAGCUGGACGAUCACUCUAGCCUUUCCGGUGGAUGAUCGUAUCUCGAGCAGCUGCAGCAUUGGCGAUAUCUUCUCGUUCCUGCCUUCCGAUAUCCACUCGGGCCUGCCGUUUCUUAUCAACUCGGACUUUUUGCUCGUUUCCUCCCGUGAGACGCUCCUCUUUGACAGCCCCUGGAACCAGGGGAUCUUUCGCUGUGUUCCCGAGGUUUUCUACAACGCCUUCGAGCUUCUCCUCAACACCACGGCGUUUGGACUGCAGAGUAUACCGUCAGUAGCACGCAUGGCAAUGUACAAGUACGUACCUGUGAAUGCUUGCCGCAACUCGUACCUCGAGAGAGUCCGCAACGAUAUCUUGUCCAAGCUGAAGGACAACAACGUCAUUCUUUGCGCCUCGGACGUCGGCCGUGCACCACCGAGCGGGCAGCUUUGCAAGCCUGCUCUUGCGAGAAAAAUCGUCCCCAGCUUCCGAGAGCUCCUCAAAGCCGCACCGAAGUGUCCCAGGUUCUUGCGAGGAAGUCCCUCGUACAUAGUGGACAGCACGCUGCAGGAGAACUACGUCUCGGUGCUGAGACUCCUGGGAGUCCCAGAUAUGAGCAACGAUGAAUAUCACCAAAGCCUCGACUCUGAAGACUGGAUGAAAUCGCUCCCUGACGAUGCAUAUGUCAAGCUGCUGGUGUUCCUGUCCUCCAAGUCGUCAACUUUGAGAUCCCUCAAGUUUCUCAAGUAUCGAGGCUCCGAUGGUCGACUCCAGUUGGCAAGCAUGGAUGAUCUCGCGCGAAACGAUGGCAGAUCCAUAUACUGGGAUUCUGGUCAUAGAGCUACCGCUUGGCUCGCUGGUUGGACAGAGGUGUUUCAACGUUGGCUAACUUUCAACUUCGUUCCAUCGGCCUGCGCUGCAAAAAUCCGGCAGCACUCGGUGUUAGAGAACUGGUUGGAGAGAACCCCCUUCAGCGUGAGCGAACUGACAGCAUGCUCACUCGCUCGUCAGGUUCUCGGAGCAGUCACUGCGAACUCCUCAGAUGCAAAGCUUGCUGUUCUAGCGAUGCACUUCCUGUUCGACCUGUACAGAAACGACCGCAGCUCGUACACAUCCAUCAGCAACCAAAAGCAUAAUGUACCAAUCGUCGAGAAUGACGGAGCCGUGAGUCCCUAUGUUGCGAGUUAUGUUUCAACGCGUCCAUUGUUGCUACCGGCGGCUUGUGGAGCGAAGUGGCCGCUCUUGCUCCCGUCUGACGUGUGGAGACGCGGCGUUCAAAAAUUGUCAGAAGAGUAUAUGGAGUCAGCAACGGUCGAUCUCUCCGACUCCGACGUGCGAACCGAGUUUGUGAAUUUUCUGAAGGAGCAGUUCCUGGCUACGGACAUCCCCGCCUUUGAUCCGGUGGACGAGGCCCUUCCUCCGCAUUAUGUUGGUAACGUCGCAGCGAGCUCGUUGUUACUGAAGUGGAUUAAAUCCAGGCACUGCAAUGCACCCGCUUUCACUUCCAGUAUUAAGACUACCAAGUGGUUGAAGACGAGCCACGGAUACUGCUGCCCAACCGUUGCAUUCCUGCCGGUGCCUGAGCUGCUUAAGGUCUUGAAAGUCGAGGAUGUUCCGUUCGUGGACAAGGACUGGAUGCCAUUGGAGGAGUAUAAGAACGAGUUCCGAAGCCUGGGAGUGGCUUGCGAGCCCGGCAUGGGAUAUGCAACUGUCCUCCGCUGUCUCGACAAUAUGCAGAAGCUUCCUGCUCCGCAAGUCGACACGGCUAAAGUGGUCAGAUUUUAUCAGUACCUCUCCCGCUGCGCUGAACAAGAAGUAUGGAGGGACGUUGACACGAUCUGGGUGCCGCAGAGCGAAGGCCGUGCAGCAACCUGGAAGAAAAAGGAAGAAUGCGUCAUUCACGACGUUGAGGGCUUGUUUGAAGAACUCGGUGUUGUACCCCUGGAUAGCUGCUACGAGCGGGUCAUGCAAGACAUCCUUCAGAAGAGGUUUGAUGUUUGUAAGAAGCCUUCGAUCAUCAAGUUCUGCGAGCUCUGGCACAGGUGGUCGUCUAAAGGAAAAGAUGUCGAGGUACAAAAGGCUUACACAGUGUGGCGUGAGCUGGUGGAGGCGAAGCUAGUCUCGUCACGACCAACUUCGACGCCGUAUCUGAAAGUUUUCCGCGCGAGCAGCUGCGUUCCUUCAAUACCAGCCUGCGAAAAGAACGCAGCCACCGUCAAGCUUCUUCCACCUGCAAAGACGGUCAUGGUUGAUCAGCUAGAGCUGGAACAUCUCUUUGGAAACACUAAUCCUCGUCCGUGGGUGGCGUGGUAUCCAACCAGCCAGGAGAUCAAAACGCAGGAGCUAUAUUAA